UGUCUAGUGUUUGACCCACCAGCCUUCUAUCUCCAUUACGCCCCUCUCACAGGAACACACAACGACAAAAAACACCCUGAUCCAAGAGUUUUUUGCACUCACAAAACACCAUGGUGAAGUGUCUGAUCCGGAUCAAGACGAAGGUCAACAUUCACCUGCGGAUGAUUAAUCACUGUUACCGGGAUGUGAAGGUGCGAGUGCUGACACUGGGCCCCAGACUUCUGGGUAAUGUUUUGGGUGCUCUACCCAUCAUACCCUCUCUACCAGAGUCCAGUAGCUCCUCGGGGAUCAGCCUUUCUCCAUAUGGACGAAGUCAGAGAGCCACAGAUUCACUACCCAUCAGAAGUCUCUCCACUCCUGACCACUCAAUCGCUAGUAGCACUUCAUUACUAAGCACACACUUCACUAGUCCAGUGUGUGAAAAUGAAGAAGCAAAAAUUUCAGAAGGAACCUACAUAUCCUCCACUGAUGUGUUCCCCAAACCUGAAUUUGAAAGCACACGUGACCAAGAGGUUGAAGAUCCAGAAUCAAAAAGAGCUACAUUGGCCCAGAGUAAAAGCCAUAAACCUGGAGGUAGAGCAUCUCACCUAGGAAAUCUCAAACCACGCACUGGAGGCAGUGAGACGCACCAGACCUGUGAGAUUAUUGGGCUACUGGCACGGCUGGUCUUAGUGACACUUGCUUCACUCUCGGCUCUCCUCCUGCUUCUCAUCGCUAUAACAGAAUCCAAACUCGAUGUACCAUUUCUGAGAGACAUCCGCGAGACACCAGAAUUCCAGCAACUCCACUAUACCUAUUUUUGUCCUUUAAGACGCUGGCUGACCUGCACCCUGCGGUGGAUAGGGGUCCAUCUCAUAAAGGAAUGAGACUCAUAUUUACAUUUUUUCACUUUUUUUUUUUCCAAAUUGGUGCGAAGUUGCAACUUAUUUUGCUCCUAAUAAUUUCACUGAGCUUAGUUUGAUAUAUUUAAAAUCUUCCAUGUGGGUUUACGCUGAUCAUCAUCAUGGCUUUGGCUUGUUACAAAAUACACUAUAUAGACAAAGAUUUGUGGACACCUGACCAUUAGAUUUGUAUAUGCUGUUUGAGCAGCCCCUUCAACAUUUAGUCCCUAUUUACAUUUAUAAAAUCUCUUCUGGGAUGAUGUUUCACUAGAUUUGAUUUUUAGGUGUAAUAGGGUGUGACAGUUUGGGGAAAAAUUACAUAUAUUUGAAAAAGUCUGGUGUCUGCUACUUUUGUCCAUAUAGUGUAUAAGUAGCCAAGUGCAAAACGUAUUUUGAAAAUAUUUUAUAAUUUCUCCCACUGUUCCUUGGCUUACCCCUCAUUAUUUGAAUUCAGGACACAAUUUCUUUUCUAGGGCAUAUAAACAGCAUAUAAAAAGAGUACAAGAAGCAAGAAGAAUGGAGAACUUGAAAAAUAGUGAAAGAAGGAAGAGCAAGCAUGCAGAUUGACCGUUCUGUAACUAUUUAUAUAUAAAAUAUUUAUUUAUUGGAAUUACGGUUAACACCAGCAUAGCAUAGAAUUUACACAAUAUAUGGACAAAAGUUUGUAGACACCUGACCAUUAGAUUCAUAUGUGCUUUUUGAGUUUCCCAUUCAGCAUUUAGUCCCUAUUUGCCUCUAAGGCCUGCUGUGUAGUCUGCUUGCUGCUUUAUAUUACACACAGUGGUAGUUCUCUGUUUAAGAUGUUGUACUUCUAAUUAAAAUUUUGUAAGUUUAAUAUCCCAGCACCACCAAGCUAAAACUGCCCCUGAGCCCUAAACUUUCACCUGUUCAGCUGUAUAAAUGGGAUAAUUGUAAGUGUUUUGAAUGAGGGCGUCUGCAAAAAUGCCGUAAAUGUAAAUGCAAUGACUUUGUACUGGUGUCUAUUUCAUUUGUCAAACAAAUUUCUUAUGUUAAGUGCAAACAAAUUUUGAACAUUUCAUUCCACAUUCAGUCUCCAUUUGCUCUUAUAAUAGCCUCCACUCUUCUG